AUGGCAGCCAGACGUUCACAGUUCGUCGACACCACAGCCACAGAGGCACCUGGGCUCUACUAUCAGGACCCAAGAUACAUCUACCAUGUUCCCCAGACUUCGCUCCGAAACAUGGCCCCCGCGCCUAUUCGUAUGACCGAAGAUUACUACAAUCAGACGUAUCCUCUUCCAGCAACUCCCCCAACCCCUUACAUUUUCAAUGCAUGUUGCCGCGGUCGUAGCCGCAGCCGCCGACGUCGUGCCUCGCGCCCCUCCAACACCUAUGAUAGCGAUGGCUCAACGGAUGGCUAUCCGUCAUAUGGAGAUGCCCAGCCGACCCAGCAAGGAGUAGAUCGCCUUCCGCCUCGAAUCGCUCUGAAACAACUCUCAGAUUUUCUUUACGCGGCUGCUAUUUUCUACGAUAAACAGCUCAACGAAUUCGCUCACAAGCAUUAUAAUAGCGGCUAUACUUCCAACAAAGCUCUUCGCCAGUUGCUAUGGAAGGACUGGAUGGGCCGACGCGACGAUGUCACGCUCGAAUCUUUUACGUCUACAAAGAUCAACACCACAACGCUGUUUCGCCAGGUCGAGGCAGCUGCUGAGAUGCCAUGGCUGGAGGAUCCAGAUAUCGAGGCACGGUUUAACUCCACCCUCAAGAUUCUACAGGGCAUGUGUUUUGAGAUUAUCAGAUUAGCUGGUAAAGCGACGAGUGAUUGGCAAGCUUGUCGUUUUCUGGCUGAUGAAUUGAACAAUGCGAGAUCGUAUGCCAGCCCUGAGGGGCCUGUUCAGCGACACUUGUUCAGUGGAUGGGAUAAGCCAGAGUCUUGGUGA